AUGACGUCCUACUCGAUCUCCGUCUCGGUCAAGGGAACCAACAUAAACAAAUAUCCCGGCAAACAGCACGCCCGCAGAGUCGCAGCACGCCUGGCUAAACAGAAGGGCCUCAUCUACCUACCCGGUCAGCAGACGGUGCUGUCCGAAGACUCAGACCAGGCCAGACCUUUCAAACAGCGCCGCUACUUCUUCUACGUGACCGGUGUCGUGGAGCCAGACUGCCAUGUUACCUACGACAUUGCCGAGGACAAGCUGACGUUGUACGUGCCGGAUUUUGACUUCAAGCGGACCAUCUGGACAGGCCCUACGCUGGGCAAAGAUGAUGCUAAACAGAGGUACGAUGUCGACGCGGUGGAAUACUACUCCUCCCUGGAAGGGGAUGUCCAGCGAUGGGCUCAGGGUAACCCAUCGACUCCCAUAUACAUACUACAUCCAGACCAGAAGCCGGUCACUCCGCUGACAGUGGCGUAUCUGUACGAGUCCAAGUCGCUGCAGCACGCAAUGGAUGCGUGCCGGGUGAUCAAGGACGAGCAUGAGAGCGAGGCCCAGAUAGCCGGCCUCUUCAUCGAUGUGUGUCUCUCCCUACGCUCGCGAGGCACAGCGUACCAGACCAUCGCAGCCUCGGGCCCCAACGGCGCAACACUACAUUAUACACGCAACAACGAGCCGCUGGCCGGCCGACAGAUGGUCGUGCUUGAUGCCGGAGCCGAAUGGGACUGCUAUGCCAGUGACGUAACGCGGUCGUUCCCGAUCCCGUCGAGCGUGAGCGGCAAGGAAAACAGUGGGAAAGGCGACUGGCCUAGCCGCGAGGCGGAGGAGGUCUACGCCAUCGUGCAGCGUAUGCAAGAGGAGUCGAUCAGCCGCGUGAGAGAGGGAGCCAUGUUCUUCUCUAUCCAUCAGCACGCACACUCCAUUGCGUUAGACGAGCUGCUCCGACUCGGCAUCUUGCGUAUCCCGCAUGGCUCGUCCAAGGCAGACCUGGUCAAGGCAGAAGCGACGGCCCUCUUCUUCCCGCAUGGUCUAGGCCACCAUCUCGGCCUGGAGGUGCACGAUGUCGCGCCGGAUAGCGGCACUGUUCCAGUAACGUCAUCAUCAUCAUCAUCAUCAUCAAGAGUAACAGCAGUAACAGCACAGUGUCAGGACGGACUGAUGAGCGUCACCGAGCAUCGACCUCCAUGCACGCUCUCUGCACCACCGCUGGCGGCCGGCAUGGUCAUCACCGUCGAACCGGGCAUCUACUUCAACAGGCUGGCCAUCGACCAGGCUCGAGCGGAGAGGGACAAACCAGGCUCGAAGGGCAGGUUUGUCGACUUCGACGUCGUGGAGCGCUAUAUGGCCGUGGGUGGUGUGAGGAUCGAGGAUGACGUGCUGGUCACGAAAGACGGGAGCAGAAACCUCACUGAUGCGCCCAAGGGGCAAGACAUGCUCGAUAUGAUCUACGAUCGAUGCUGA